AUGAAGAGUGAAAGCAAAUAUGUUCCACCGCGAUAUAUCCCGUUGGACCAAUCAGAUUUGGAACCAGAGACUGUUCCACAAAACGAAGAACAUUCUGUGACUAGUGGUGCGGGUGAUGGGCCGGUGCAGUGGUCGUCUGGAAUCUGUGCUUGUUGCGAUGACAUGCAGAGCUGUUGUAUUGGUCUUUUUUGUCCUUGCUAUUUGUUUGGUAAGAAUGCGGAAUUUUUGGGUUCUGGAACUUUCAUGGGAUCAUGCACAAUCCAUUUUAUUUUGUGGGCUCUUGUCAACACUGUCUGCUGCUGUAUGACUGAUGGCCUUUUGUUGGGGUUACCUGGAUGCUUUGUUGCAUGUUAUGCUUGCGGAUACCGCAGGGUACUGAGGGAAAGGUAUAAUUUACAGGAAGCCCCAUGUGGUGACUUUGUCACCCACUUUUUCUGCCAUCUGUGUGCUAAUUGCCAAGAGUACAGGGAGAUUCGUGAAAGGUCUGGUGAUGCCAACUCCCCUGAUCUUAAACUGGUGGUGGUCACAGCUCCACAGGUUCAAACAAUGGAAACAGGUAACACAGAGUAG